CAAACAAAACUACCCUAGGCCAAUAAAUAAAACUAAAAAAAACAUGGUGGUGUGGCCAAAAUUCAUCCUCAAACAAAAGAACGAACUUCUGGUGAUGAAAAAAUGAAUCAAAAUCAACAAAAAAUUCCUGCCCUUUUUCUCUUCUUUGUGAAAACACCAAUUUAUAUAGGCUUGUUUAUAUAUCUGUACACUCACAAAGAAUCAAUUACAAGAGUAAAAAGACAAGAAAGCCCUCAUCAAGUCUAGCUGAAUUGAAUUUCAUCAAUGGCUACUACUGGUUCAGCUUCAGUUUGUUUGAAUCAACAUAGUGUUCUGAUUCCAACACAACUAAAAGGGGUUUCUUUGACUUCAAGAAUCAGUGUUCCUACAAGGUUUUACUCAAAUGGAUUCACUUCAAGAAUCAGAGCAAGUUCUGCUGUUGCUGUUGAACAGGAAUUGAAAACUCCAGCUCAGGAUGCUACAGAAGCUGAAUUAUUUGCUUGCCCAAUUUGUUAUGAACCACUUAUAAGAAAAGGCCCUUCGGGCUUUAAUGUACCUGCAAUCUACAGAUCGGGCUUCAAAUGCAGAAAAUGUAACAAGUCAUAUUCAAGCAAAGAUAUCUACCUUGAUCUCACUGUUACGUCUGGAACAAAACAGUACAAUGAAGUUAAACCAGCUCGGAGUGAAUUAUUCAGGAGUCCAGUUGUUUCAUUCUUGUACGAGAGAGGCUGGCGUCAAGCUUUUAACCGAAGUGGUUUUCCUGGUCCUGAUGAAGAGUUUAAGAUGGCUCAAGAGUACUUUAAAGUUGCUGAAGGUGGUGUUCUUGUUGACGUUAGCUGUGGUAGUGGAUUGUUUUCUAGGAAAUUUGCCACAUCUGGUGCUUACUCAAGAGUUGUUGCACUCGACUUUUCUGAAAACAUGCUUCGCCAGUGUUAUGAUUUCAUCAAGAAUGAUGAGAGUAUCAUAAGCUCCAAUCUGGCUCUUGUAAGGGCAGAUGUUUCCAGAUUACCUUUCUUCUCGGGAUCAAUUGACGCUGUGCAUGCAGGUGCUGCUUUGCAUUGCUGGCCAUCUCCGUCGAAUGCAAUUGCUGAAAUUAACCGGAUCUUGCGUAGUGGGGGUGUAUUUGUUGGUACUACAUUUCUUCGAGUCAAUCCUUCAGCUCCUACGAUAAUUAGAGCCUUGGAGCAGAGUGCUACGCGAACUUACAGUUAUUUUACUAAAGAGGAGAUUGAGGACUUGGUGACAAGCUGCGGUCUCAUCAACUAUACCAGUAAAGUUCAAGGCUCUUUUAUCAUGUUUUCCGCGCAAAAAUGCUGAUUUUUGGCUGGUCUACAGUGCGUUGUUCAUUGUUUUGGUAUAUAGUUGCUCUCAGAUAUGCAAUGUAUCUCAAGCUUGUAUAAAAAUAGUGCAUAAAUAAUGUUGAUUCAGAUAAAGAACAUUCUUUCUACUGGACACUAUAGUAGCAUAUCAACUCCAGUAGUAAUCCUCGAAUAAGUUAUCUCGGGAUUAACAUCCUAAAGUCAGACUUAUUUAUCUCACCUGGCCGGUGGGAUAAAACAAUACCAAGACUGGAUAAGGUGGCUAAUGGGUCGCUUGGUUCAUGGAUAAGAUUAGAUAUUUUAAUAACAUAGAUACCAAUCCUUUUGGAA